AUGGUCACCAACGACUACAUCAUCACGGCCGCAACCGGCAGGAUAUCAGUUUUGCAGGGUAGCAAGAUAACCAAGUGGAAAAACAAGAUAUUAUAUGGUGCGGAAAAUGCUUCAAAAGGCGAGUUUCCGUGGCAAGUUUCCACCCAACACUCUUUCGACGGCUAUGUUUGGUCACAAUGGUGUGGCGGAAGCAUCAUAUCACACGACUUCAUCAUCACAAUCGGCUCCUGUGCAGCUUCCACUUCGACAUAUCUCCGCGUGGUGGCCGGCACUUUGGAGUGGGCCCGUCCUGGUUCGACUCACCAUGUCACGAAAGUAAUAGACAGCGGCGAUUCCUUCCUCUCCUUGUGGCAGGUGUACCCUCCUUUUGAGUUUGGUCCUGCUACGCAAGCCGUCCAGCUGCCUGCUCAGAGCACCGAGUCUCAAGCAGGAACACUCAUGACUUCAUCUGGCUGGGGCGAUUCUGUAGGAGUGCCAUCCGACUUUCUCUUGAAGUUUGAUUCACCGAUCGUGUCAAAAGCAGAUUGCGACAGUAUCUUUUCGAGAUUUGGAGGAAUUGGUCAGAAUCAGAUCUGUGUUGGAUUACCGUCCAUUGGAUUCGGUUUGUGCUCUAGCGCCGACGAUGGCAGCCCCCUCGUUUACAAUGGUGAACUGCGUGGCGUCUUUUUCUAUGCUGAUAAGCGCAACGCAGACCUGGGUAUUUACUACGAAGUCUCCGCCUUCCGCAACUGGAUCUUCCAUAGUACCGGCGUUUAA